AAGCUUGGCAAACCUCUGGCUGAUUGAGGGAGCCAGUUUGAGACUCAGCCUAGCUCAGGCAGACUCCUGGCUCAGGCAGACUCCUGGAACCUGCAUUCUCGACCCCUCAACACAAUGGUAUUCGCAUUUUGGAAGGUCCUUCUGAUUCUCCACUGCCUUAUAGGUAAAGUUAGUGUGGUGCAAGUGACCAUCCCAGACAAAUUCGUGAAUGUGACUGUUGGAUCCAAUGUCACUCUCAUCUGCAUCUACACCACCACAGUGGCCUCCCAGGACAAGCUUUCCAUCCAGUGGUCUUUUCUCCAUAAACAGGAGGUGCAGCCAAUUUCUGUUUACUAUUCUGAAGGUGGAGAAGCUUCAGGCAUCGGGCAAUUCAAAGAUCGAGUUGUAGGUUCCACCAGUCCAGGUAAUGCGUCUAUAACCAUAUCACAUAUACAACCAGCAGACAGUGGAAUUUACACCUGUGAUGUUAACAACCCCCCGGACUUCUCCGGCCAAAACCAAGGUGUCAUCAACGUCACUGUGUUAGUGAAACCUUCUAAGCCUCUUUGUAGCCUGCAAGGAAGACCAGAAGCGGGACAUACCAUCUCCCUUUCUUGCCUCUCUGCAAUUGGAACACCAUCUCCUGUGUACUACUGGUAUAAAGUUGAGGGAAGCAACAUCGUGCCAGUGAAAGAAAGCUUCAAUCCAGCCACUGGGAUUUUGGUUAUUGGAAAUCUGACAAAUUUUGAACAAGGGUAUUACCAGUGCACUGCUAUCAACAAACUUGGCAAUAGCUCCUGUGAAAUUGAUCUAACCUCAUCACAUCCAGAAGCUGGGAUCAUCAUCGGGGCCUUAGUUGGUAUCUUGGUAGGUGCUGCCAUCAUCGCUGCUGUGGUGUACUUUGCAAGAAACAAGGCAAAGGAAAGGAAGAGGAAUUCUAAAUCCACCACAGAGCUUGAACCAAUGACAAAGACAAGACAAGCCAUGCCAGCAGAAGAUGCUGUCCAGCUAGAAGCAACACUGCCAUCCUCCAUACAUGAGAAUGAGCCUGCUGGCAUCUUGGAACCAGACCAUGAGCCUUUCCCACAAUCAGAUCCGGUCCCACAACCUGGCCCAGGUUCAGCACCUAUACAGGUGCCUGAAAUUGAGAUCGUGCUGACACCACAAUCAGAGCUAGAGCCAGAGCCAGAACCACAGCCUGUGGUUGUAGUUGAGCCCCAGUGUGACGAGGAAAAGGCUGAGGUUAAAACAUAGGCUGCACCUCGAAGUACAGCAGUCCUCACUAAGGAACCCAUUACUAGCUUCUGCAAUUCAGUUUACAACCAGUUUCCACCUCCUCCCAUCAUUCUGACCAACUUGCUUCUAACACAGUGUUCAUUGUUACUAUGAAUUCCAAUAA